UCUAAGCUUCCAAAUUCCAUCAUCCACCCCAGCUUGCAAUCCUGGUCGGAGUUGACUUCGCGAUUGCGCCCAGGGGUUCUGGCUCUCCGAAGCUCUCGCCAACUCCCCCGAACCAAAGCAUCAAGCCGACUCGAACCCGCGCAAUAUCAAUGGCACCAUAACUGUCUUUUCCCGUUCUGAAUUUCCUAGUUGCUUCUGCUUCUUUGCAGCAUCAACCAAACUUCACAAUGCUCGCAACAACCCCCCGCCUCCACGUCCGGCGCCCCUCGCCAACAACAGCCGAAUUCACAGUAACAACCCGCCCGCCACCAACUCUCGCAGUCCGCGUCCUCUCAGGCCUCCUCUUCACCCUCCGCAUAGUACUCUUCUUCUCCUCGAUUCUCCUCCUCCAAGCAGCCCUGGCAGAAUCACGAUACGUCACCUCCCUUCUCUCCGCAUCGACAAGAACAAAACCCACUGCAGCCGCAACUGCAACCGACGGCCCAGACGCCCUUUUCUCGAGCGCAACGCUCUGGAAGGUCCUCCUUUUCAUACGCACCUCAGCGCCAGGCCGCCUAGCGCACGCCGCGGCAGCAUCGCACGCGAUACCGCUACCCGUCCUGGUUCCGGGGUGUCUGCUCGCGGCGUACGCGACGCUGAAGCGCACGCAUACCACUGAGAGUCUUCUCGUGUUGCGCGGGCUGGGGAUACAGACGAGUUCGACGAGCGGGAGUUAUCUGUCGGCUGCCGCGACGCGGUUCAUACCUACGGAGAAGAUUCAGGAUGUGUUGGUGAAUGAGGCUUUCAGGGGCUUCGAGGUGCGGUACUAUUUGAUUGUCAUUGUUGAAGGGGAGGAGGAUAUUGUGGUGGUGUUUCCGAGGAUACUACCCAAGAAGAAGAUCGUCGAGACGGUAUGGAGGGGCGUGAGGGGGUGUCUUUGGGAAGCGGAUGGCGGGAGCAGUAAUAGGAAAAUGGACGAUAGAUGGCAGAACGGGGUAUAA